AUGCCCAUCUACAGCAUGUUGGCCUCUGCUCCAAAUUCUGAUACAGACGAGAUCGAGGAUGAGGAGAAGCUUCUCGCCAGCUUCGAGUCCUCGCAGAACUCAAUAUCGAAAACAUGCUCGCGAAACGUUGCGAUGCAAUGGAUUUUGGGACAAUUUCGAAACGAACAUGAAAAUGACGAACACAGCACACUGUAUCAUAAGUUUCGAGGUUACUUGCAGAGUAAUCCCGUCAUGAUACAUGUUUUGCUUGUCCUUGCAUAUUCCGUCGUUUGUUUCUUGAUCAUUCAUCUUUCACGACAAUCAAAUGAAUGUCUCCCCCUGAUCUACACUCCUGCUCAAGACGCCAUUGUGAGGGAGGCCAAGGUCUUGAGUGUCAAAAUCAACCAGACUUCCAACAUGUUCAACGCAGAGCCAUCACCAGAAGUAGAUGACGCAUGGGCUUCACUAUUUCGAUAUGCAAACAUCCGAAUCACAAAGGACGAGGUUGACCGGCUUGGGAGGCCGUCCCUGCGGUUGAUCGAUGGGACGGGAGACUACUUCGGUACACUUGAUGUCUAUCAUCAGCUUCAUUGCUUGAAAUACAUCCGGCAAUACGUUCACCAGGAUUACUACACUGUACGAGACACAAAUGUGCCAGUGAAGGACCACGUCAACCACUGUAUCGAAAUGCUUCGCCAAGUGAUUAUGUGCAAAGCCGACACGGCACUCAUGACCUACGAAUGGCUUCCUGAUUUCCCCGGCCCAUGGCCAAAUUUUGGGAUUCAGCAUGAAUGUGUUAAUUGGGAGACGAUUGAUAACUGGUCAAAACAAAGGGCGAUUGAUAUAUUUGAUCCGAAAUACUUGCAGCAUCCUAAAUUUGGAUUCCCGUAUCCAAAACAUGAAUAA